UUUAUUUUUGGAAUAUGGGCAGGAAUUGUAGGUUUAUCAAUAAGAAUAAUUAUUCGUUUAGAAUUAGGUAAUCCUGGUUCAUUAAUUGGUAAUGAUCAAAUUUAUAAUUCUAUUGUUACUAGACAUGCUUUUUUAAUAAUUUUCUUUUUUGUUAUACCUGUAAUAAUAGGAGGUUUUGGUAAUUAUUUAAUUCCAUUAAUAUUAGGAAGUCCUGAUAUAGCUUUUCCUCGUAUAAAUAAUAUAAGAUUUUGAUUAUUACCGCCAAGAUUAAUAUUAUUAUUAUCAAGAAUAUUUAUUGGUACAGGUACAGGAACAGGUUGAACUGUGUAUCCUCCAUUAUCUUCAAAUUUAUCUCAUAGGGGUCCUUCUGUAGAUUUAUCAAUUUUUUCUUUACAUAUUGCUGGGGUUUCUUCAAUUAUAGGUUCAAUUAAUUUUAUUACUACAAUUUUAAAUAUAAAAAUUUAUAAAAUUGAAUUAAUUUCUUUAUUUUCUUGAGCUAUAUUAUUAACAGCAAUUUUAUUAUUAUUGUCUUUACCAGUAUUAGCAGGUGCAAUUACUAUAUUAUUAUUUGAUCGAAAUUUAAAUACUUCAUUUUUUGACCCUUCUGGGGGUGGUGACCCUAUUUUAUAUCAGCAUCUAUUUUGAUUUUUUGGGCAUCCUGAA